GAGUUGGUAGGACAUAAAAGCCUUUGAAGCAAAACAGUUGGGUGUACGAGGAGGAGAUCAGAUGAGCAGUCUGACGGAGGAGCCUUUCUUGGUCGUGAUCCUCUGCUUACGGAACUCUUGACCCUUAGAAAACCUCCGAUCACUGGUUCUGUUCAUUCAGGUAUUGAUUGAUAAAAUUGAAGAGUCAUGAUGGUGACAAGAAGCAAGAGUUCAGGCCUAUUAAAGUUAGUGGAGGAGAGGUUAUUGAAGAAGAAAACAGAGGAAGAGAAAAAGGAAGCACAAAUUUCAUAUAUCCCCAAGGACUGUAUCUCAAACAUCCUUGCACGACUUCCUGCUGACUCUCUUCAAAGGUCGAGGUUUGUUUGCAAACCAUGGUAUAAUGUAGUUAAAAACCCCAAAUUCAUUCAUGCUCAUCUCCAACGUUCUGAAUCUGUUUUGAUCUUUUUAACACCAAAUGUAAAGGAAAGUUUGCACCCUAUUUCUAAGAAGAUAAAAGUGGGAGAAAAUGGAAGGUCAUAUCCUAUGGCAUCUAACCUACAGGAGAAGCAAAACAAAAUUCCAGUUGAAUCAAAACUUUUUUACCCAAACAGUAUCCCGAUUUUUGGUCACCCAGCCUUAAAUUCUCCAAAAAAUUUUAUUCAGUUUCUGGAAUUUAAAAAUGGUAAGAGUGACAUAGGAGAAUAUGGUUUAAGCUGCUUGGGCAAUAAUAUUAGAGCCACCUGCAAUGGUCUAAUAUUGCUUGACAACAAAUUGAAGAAGGGAGGUGUUAUAGUCUUGAAUCCUGUGACUAAGAAGGUGAUUGCACUUCCUGUGGGUACCUUGUGUCGUCUUCUACAUCAAGAAUCAUAUGGUUUUGCACUGAGUGAUGUAACUGGUGAGUAUAAAGUAGUCCACUUGUUUCUGGAUCAGUUGGGGUUUGCUGGCUGUGAGAUAUUGAGCCUUAAUAAGAAAGCAUGGAGAGAGAUCAGUGGUCCUUCUUUUGGGCGCUUUGGUAUUAAUGGGUUUGGAUUUGCACCUGUUUCAGCAGCCGGAGCUUUGCACUGGAUUCUUCAUUUUAAUGGAAGCAAUUACGUAGUGUCCAUGGAAGUUGACAAGGAGAAGUUUCACCAAAUACCGCUCCCUAAGAGUUUCAGAACUCAUGAUAGGAUUAUUGAAAUUGGUGGCUCUUUAGGUUUUGUCAUUCAUGAGGACGUGAACCACAUUGACAUUUGGAUAUUGAAGGGUUUAUCUGGAGAAGGGUGGACAAAGCAGCACAGUAUCACAGUGGAUUCCAAAAUAGACAUGGUUCCACUUUGCAGUUUAAGAAUCAAGGGAGAUAUUAUUUUCCGUAGAUACAAAGACGGCUCUUUCUAUGCUUAUGACUUCCAACAGCAACAGAUGACAGAGAUUGGGAAGAUUAAUGGACUACCAAGGUGCCUGCCUCAUGUCAAUAGCCUUGUUACUUGGAUGCAAGCGAGUGAGGACAUUUUUGACUGACGUGCAGCAAUUGAGUGUGAUUUUCUAUAUGCUUGAAUUUCUCUUUAGUUUUAUUUGUUUAGUUGGAACUUGAAUUUUCUUCUCUUUAUAUGUAUAUAUAGCUCGCGUAUAAGAUUGAAUUGCCCUUUCUAUUUGGGCAUAGACUGUUCAUUUUCCAAUACAAUUGCUUAUAUAAGUUUGCUUA